AUGGGGAGUCCAGUCGCUCCUCUAGUCGCCAACAUCUGGAUGGAACAUUUCGAGGAGAUAGCCAUGUCAACGGCAAAGGCUGUACCUACAAUUAAACUGUGGAAGAGAAAAACAACGCAUACCGACCGAUAUCUUCAUGCUAACUCACACCACCAUCCUCGACACUUAAACGCUGUAGUAACAUCAUUGACCAAUCGCGCCUACGACCUUUGUGAUGAAGACCACAUACAACCUGAACUAGCACACGUUAAAAAGGUCCUACAGCGGAAUGGAUAUAAAGUGGGAAACACAGCUACACGGGAUCAUAAGUUACUGCGGCAGUACAGGGUUGAAAGACAACCAGCAUUUAUGCCAUAUGUUAAAGGAGUGACAGAUAAGAUAGCUAGAGUCCUGAGCAAAUAUGCUGUGAAGACUAUCUUCACUCCUUUCAAGAAGAUAGGGCAAAUGUUGCGUUCACCUAAAGAUAGCUUUCCCUAG